AUGCAGGAUGCUGCAGCCGGAGGGUCCCCCCGCCUCGGAGGAGGGGCCAGCCGCUGGCGCCCGGCGGGCCGACUGCAUCGUCUGCUACUCGGCCUACGACCUGGCCGGCCGCCUGCCGCGCCGCCUGUACUGCGGCCACACCUUCUGCCAGGCGUGCGUGCGGAGGCUGGACGCGCCCGCCCACGAGCAGCGCUGGAUCCCCUGCCCGCAGUGCCGCCAGAGCACCCCCACGCCCCGCGGAGGGGUGGCCAUGCUGGACCUCGACCUGGCCGCCUUCCUGGCCAUCAGGGCCGAGCGGGAGCCCCCCCGGGCUGGGCCCCGGCCCCCCGCGCCCCUCAAAGGCGGCCCCGCGGUCACUCAGCAGCCCGCCGUGCUCUGCCCGGCCCUGGGCCCCCAGCCCCGCUUCCCCCAGCCCUGCUGCUGCUGCUGCUGCUGUGGCUGCGGCCAGCUCUGCUGGGCGCCCCCGGGCAGCCCUGGCGUCUGA